UCGUCGGGGUACUUUCACACAGUUCACAGAUGGAUUACCUUGAACUAAUCAUGUGACUUUAUGAGGGAGCACCUUUUUUCACUGGAGGAAAUCCACUUGAUUACUUAAAAACAGUCCCACCCAUUUUAAAGCACACAUAAAACAGCCUGCUAACAACAGCCUCUAUACACAGUUGGGCAGGCACAGCGAAUCCAUCUGUCUGACAGAGUGACAGACACUUUCCAUUUAUUUGUUCUCUCAGGGAGGACAUCACUGGCUGGACUUGCAGAAGUGUAACAAGUUGAAUCUGUGCUAAAACCGCCUGUGUUGGUAGGACUCAGCUGGGGAAAAUGGGAAACGAGCAUUCCAAGAACAAAGAAUUAACCAAGAAUGGGACAUUUCCCGAGAAGCACGAAAAUGGAUCAGUUAAAGGCCUCCCUGCAGACGUCACAUCGAACGGACUGGAGAUUGAUGUUAACCAUGACACUGUGGUCCAGAAAAAUGGUGGGAUCCACACUUUAAACCUUGCCACAGAAACACCCGAGUCUGGUUUUGUCAUAGUCGAAACAGACAAAAAUGCAGACGCUCCAGUUAUUGUUGAAAUACCUCAAACCGCCAUCCAGAAAGAAGAGGUCAAGAAAAAUAAAGAAGAAAAAGGUCAUCUUUUUGGCAAAAUGUUUAAAAAGAAGGCAGAACUUCCAGCUGUUGUUCAGAGUGUUCAAGAUAAAGAAACAUCAAUUGAAGCUCAAACAGAUGUAAGUCUUCCUGCUGCUGAAGCACAGCCGGACACAGCCAACCUAAAGCAAGAAUCAGAAUCACUAACGGAGCCAGAAAGGGUGACUCUAGACCAGAGUCCUGAGGAAGACAACGCUCCUGAAGGUGACCAGGGAACCAGUCGACCUGCGGAAAGCCAAGAGGACAGUAAGCCAGAAGAGAAUCCAAUUAUGAACUUCUUCAAAACACUAGUGACACCUACUAAAACAACCAAAAAGGAAACAGCUACUCCUGAUGCCACGAAAGAUCAGUCCCAGAAGGAGAGCCAACCAGCAGCAACCACUACUGUUGCACAGGUGUCUGAGGCACCUGCAGCACCCAAAGGAAUGCCUAUCCCACCCCCACCUCCUCCAGAGCCACCAAAAAUGGAAAUCAAAGGAGAGCCAGCUGCCAAACCUGCAAAACCCACACCAAAAGAAGAACCGAAAGCUGCUGCAAAGGAACCCGAGUCCUCAAAAGGAAAAUCUGCCAAGGAUACGCUGAGCAAAUUCUUCCGUCCGAAGGCACUGCUAGGUGUCAAGGCAUCCAAAGGCAAGAGCCCUUCAGCAAGCGGAGCCGCUGCCUCGGCCAAGACUGCAACAGUGACAAUCAAGGAGGCCCCACGGCCAGCAGUAGAAGUAGAAGUACAACCAGUUGUAGAAGCACAGGAGACACCAGUGGAGGUGCCAGAACCAGUUACAGAUGUUCAGAGGGUGGAGGAGGUGCCACAGCCAGUGGUAGGAGCCGAGAAGGUGGAUCCUUCAAAAGCCAGCACCUUGGAGGCUGCUCCAAAGCCAGAACCACCACCACCUGUUCAGGAAGAGAAGAAAACAGCCUCAAAAUCAUCCUUCCUGUCUCUCUUCAAGCCUAAAGCUGCUGAUCCCAAGAAGGCGACCCCUGCCCCGGCUGCUGCAACUGAGGCACCUCAGCCGGUUAAAGCCAAGGAGGAGCCCAAAGCAGUAGCCAAGUCAUCAGAGGCGAGUGUAGACAGCAAACCAGUUUCAGUGGCCUCCCCAGCUGGAGAUGAUGUGGCCAGUGUGCCCAAGAAACUAGAGAAGAGGAACUCCAUCCAGCUGUUCUUUAAAAUUCUGGGUCAAAAACGCAACUCUACAGACGCCGGGGUCCAGACAGAGCCAGUCACUGUCGCUCCAGCAGCUGAGAAGGCCAAAUGAAACCAGAAGCAACACUGAAGUUUUCCUGUACAGACUGUCUCUCUUCCUUGCUCUUACUCAGUCCUUAUCUCUCUCUGUCUCCACUUCAGCCCCCAUUGAAUUACUUUAACUACAUUAUUAUUUUAUUGUUUUUGUUACUGUUUAGAAGCUACAAUGUGAAGGGAAAAGUGACUGUGAGGAUAAAAGCAAGUGAACAGGUGUGAGAAAGAUGAACAGUGAGCAGGUAGUUGAAGUAGUGGUGAUGUGAAAGGGUCCAAGGAGAGGCUGUUGAGGUACAUUUAUAAAUAUAUAUACAGUAUAUAUAUAUAUAUAUAUAUAUAUAUAUAUGUGGUCAUAUAAAUGUCUUGACAAGUAUGAGUGUGAAAACUUUUCUACAGACAUUUAAUGUGACCUCCUUCUGUUCUUGCGAUCUGACAUACUGGGCUUACGCAGUAGACAACAACACGCUUUGCCUUUUGCAAUUAAUUUGUCAGAAACAGUUUAAAGCAUGUUGUCAUUGUCAUGCAGGUUCAGCUUUCACAGUUCAAACCAGAGGAACCGUGCAGUCGAAGCAAUGCAGAUGUUAAUAUGAAAUGGGGAAAAAAAAUUAGAUUUAUAUCAUAUUAAAACUAACAGCUCUUAGCCGUGCUGAUAGGACGAGCACUUUCAUAUAACAAACUGCAGAUGUUUUAACUUUAUGUCAGCUAUAUGUACACUAAAACACAUACAUGCAUAUCCUAACAGUCAUGUGUGGGGCCAUGUGGGAAAAUCACAAUCUUUACUGUUCUGUGGGGAGCUGAUUGUAAGUGUUCACAAACACAUCUGAGGUGGCAAAAUGGUGUCGUCGUGCAGAUGUGUCCUUGUGGCAUGUUCUGCAGCGGUCAUAAAUCACAGUCAAUUAGCUUUUAAUUUGAUUGCAGCACUUUGUGUCGUGUAAUUUAAUGGAAGUCUCACGGUGUUAUCAUUUGUGUGUGUGUGUGGCAUAUGUGCAAUUAAUAUCGUGCUUUUGUUUGCCUACAUGUACGUACGCGUGGACGUGUAACUUCAGCCGAUACAAUAAACAUGCUCACCAUUU